CGGGUAACCGCUGGGGUUUUAACAGCGCGGAAAAAAACAAGAGAGGCUGCAGCGAGGACUGACUCGAAAAAAAGCGUUCGUUGAAUAAUCUGAGCAGUAUGUCUGGAAGAGAAGGAGGUAAAAAGAAACCCCUCAAGGCUGCCAAAAAGCAGUCGAAGGAUAUGGACGAUGAGGACAUGGCUUUCAAACAGAAACAGAAAGAGGAGCAGAAAGCAAUGGAACAGUUGAAAGCCAAGGCUACUGGAAAAGGACCUUUAACUGGAGGUGGCAUCAAGAAGUCUGGGAAGAAAUGAAUGUGUUUUAGUGUAUAUUUGCUUGCCGUUUAAACCACCAACUCGUGUUUUGGGUCCACAGUGGUGACGUAAAAUGAUUAUUUUUUUUAGUUUAUAGUUCUCUUAUAUUUUGUAGAGGAAUAAAGUUUGUAGUGACUGUAAA